GUUUUUGCAUCCUUGCAUUUUUGUUUGUGAAGCAGAGAGAGGAUGAGGAAAUAUUUUGGCCUUCUAUAAAAGCACAAAAGACUUCACUGCCACAAAUACCUUAAGAUUCAACAUUCAAAAUGAAGACAACUGUGUGGUUUGGGAUUGUGCUGGGAGCACUCUCUGCUACAGGCAAAGUGUUCAUCACAAAAACAGGGACGGAUACCGUUUUAGAGUGUGGGGUCAACACCUUCAGCAGCAUCCUGACGUGGAAUAAGAAUAAUGAAAACAUUCGUACAGCGCGUUUAACAAGAGGCCUACUUACGAAAGCCGUAGGCUCAGCUGCAAUUGUGAAAAGGUCAACGUUAAAAAACACAAAUCUUGAAAUCACUAAUGUGAUGGUAGAAGAUGCCGGAAAGUUUACUUGUGAGGCAGAUGGGCAACCUCACCAUCAUACACUUUUGGUGGUAUCAGUCUGGGCCAGCCCCUCUGGUAAGCUCCAGGUGGGCAGCGAGGCUAAGCUCCACUGUCAGGUAAAAGGUCUGGAUCCCUUACCCAAAGUGCAGUGGACAAGGCCAGAUGGAGGUGAACACUCAGGGUUACUAAAUCCUGUGACCAGCUCAGAUGAUGGGACCUGGAAGUGCACCGUCUCCCAUGAUAGGACACACACUGAGGUCCUUAAGAUCGAAGUCACAAAGCCUACUACUACAAAACCUGCACCAAUCCCUUCCCAAAACUCAAAGGAUGGCCGUCAACCAGGUGGUACUCACCCUAAAUCUCCAUCUGAUGCUCCUCUGAUCCUGGGGCUUAGUUGGUGGAUGUGGGUUAUAAUUGGAGUUGGCUGCCUGGUUGUGAUUCUCCUGAUGGUCUUUGUCAUUUGCUUGUGCAAGAGGAUCAAAAGAAAGAAGAGAAAAUUGCAGAUGAAGAAUAGCCGCCAACUAAAGACGCCCAAGCAGUUCUGCGAGUGUAACCGCCCAGCAGCUGCAGCAAAACCGCGGCAAGGACGCCGGAGAGACAAGUCAUCAGACCUCCCUCUGCAACCCCUCCUAAUAGAGUGACAUGAAAGGCAGAUCGAAGAAAGGAGAGAUAGACUAAAAAGAAAGAAAGAUGGAAAGAGAAAGAGAGCAAGAGGAAGAAAAAGAGGCGAAUAGAUAGAGAUAAAGAGGAAGAGAGAGCGAGUGAAAGAGAGAACCCUGGUGUGAAUAUGGAAUGAAUGUAAAUGGGCUUUUGAAUGCUCUUUAUGAAAAUAAAAAUCUAAUGUAAUGAUGUGGACACUUUGAGCUUUUUCACCAAAUAUAACCAGUGAGCUGAAUGCAAAUAGACUCUCCCACUGCAAGGGAGAACAGCAACUGUCUGUACUUAUUCCGUGCAUUUAUGCAGCAUAUUAAUAUAUCCUUAUAUACAGCCUUGUCAACUUUCUUAUGUACUGCCUCGCAUCUUAAAUUUAAUUCUGCUGAUUUAGAAUUUGAUAGAUGUUUCUGUAUACUUUGUCUUUGUUUCUGUAGGUUGUGAAUAAAAAGUUGAGAACUGUAUUGUUUUUUUUCCCCCUCAGUCAAUAAACUAUAAGG